AAAAAAAAAAAAAAAAACUUGGGUAAUACGGUUUAUCAAAUCUACAAGUUGUAACUAAAAAUUGUAGAAGCAGGCAAGAGAUUCUGGCGACAAAAAAGUAGACUUGCAGUGGAUAAACAGAGACCACAACAGAGAAAAAAGAAACAGCGAUGUCGAAGCAGGGAGAGGUAGUAUGCGUUACAGGUGGGAGUGGAUGUAUAGGAUCAUGGCUCGUCCAUCUUCUCCUCGACCGUGGCUACUACGUUCAAGCUACUGUCAAAGAUCUCAAGGAUGAAAAUGAAACCAAGCAUCUACAAAGCCUACAAGGAGCGGACACGCGUCUCCGAUUGUUCCAGAUUGAUCUUCUUGACUACGAUUCUAUCGCUGCCGCCAUCAAUGGCUGCGCCGGCGUAUUCCAUCUCGCCUCUCCCUGCAUCGUCGAUCAGGUCCAUGACCCGGAGAAGGAACUCCUGGACCCGGCAAUUAAAGGAACGAUGAACGUUCUGACGGCGGCGAAAGAGGCCGGGGUUGGUCGCGUGGUGGUCACGUCCUCAAUCUCGGCCAUCACUCCCAGCCCUCGCUGGCCAGCUGACGUGUUGAAGACUGAGGAUUGCUGGACCGACGUUGAUUACUGCAAAGAGAAGCAAUUGUGGUAUCCAAUCUCGAAAACACUGGCAGAGAAAGCCGCAUGGGAAUUUGCCAAAGAGAAAAAUUUGGAUGUGGUUGUGGUCAACCCCGGGACUGUAAUGGGUCCCGUUAUCUCACCAAGGCUCAAUGCUAGCAUGGUUAUGCUAGUACGCCUUCUUCAGGGUUGCACUGAAACAUAUGAGGACUUUUUUAUGGGAUCCGUUCAUUUUAAAGAUGUAGCUUUAGCACAUAUUUUGGUUUAUGAGAACAAAGCGGCGAGUGGAAGGCAUCUGUGUGUUGAAGCGAUAUCGCAUUACUGUGACUUUGUGGCUAAGGUUGCUGAACUUUACCCCGAGUAUAAAGUGCUCAGUUUACCAAGGGAUACCCAACCUGGGUUGUUGAGGGGGAAGGUUGCAUCAAAGAAGCUGAUAGACUUGGGGUUGCACUUCAUUCCAAUGGAGCAGAUUAUCAAGGAUGCUGUGGAGAGCCUAAAGAGUAAGGGCUUUAUUUCAUAAACACAAAUGCGUGCACUUUAAGGUCCUUUUACCUUUUAGGAGUGAGUGAGGACAUGUAAACAAAAUAAUGUAUUCUAUGGAUUGUGGUUAUGCAAUGUCGUAGUUGCCAAAUUAUCCAUAUCUGUAUAUAAACAAAAUAAUGUAUUCUAUGGAUUGUGGUUAUGCAAUGUAGUAGUUGCCAAAUUAGCCAUAUCUGUAUGUGACAGACAUGGCAAUGAGGUGGGCUCAAAACUUCAUAAUUUAUGUCAUUCGAAGUCGAUUUUCUUUAAGAA